AUGGAGUGCAGGCACCUGAUGGUGACGGUGAUGUCCGCCAAGGACCUCAAAAACGCCAACAUUUUCGGCAAGAUGAACCCCUACGUUGCCGCCUCCCUCUCCGGCGUCGCCGACAAGCGCCAAAAGAGCAAGCAGCGCACCCCGGUCCACAAGCACGGCGGCACCAGCCCCCGCUGGGGCCACCCGCUCUACUUCACCAUCGACGAGGCCGCCGCCCGCGUGGGCGGCCUGAAGCUCAAGUUCAAGAUCAAGGCUGUGAAGACCCUCGGCAGUGACAAGGAGGUCGGCAGGGUCGAGGUGCCGGUGAAGGAGCUCCUUGAGCAGGGCGGCGAGGGCGGUGAUGGGAAGUCCACGGUGAUGAGCUACAGCCUGAGGCUGCCGUCCGGGAAGACCAAGGGCGUCCUGGAGUUGUCUUUCAAGUUCGGCAAGCGGUUCACUCUGGCGACGCCGCCCCCGCCGGACGAGCCGGUCAUUGGGUACCCGCCGCCGCCGAAGCACGGGGCGGGGUUGGACCCUCCGCCGGCGGGAGACGAACAUCCACCGCAGGAGUAUCCGCCGGAUGCCGCGCCCGGGUACGGCUACCUGCCCCAGGGAUACGCGCCUCCGCCGCCGGGGUACGGGUAUCCCCCGGAGGGAUACGGGUACCCGCUGGCGGCGUACCAGCAGAUGCCUAGCGACGGCGGGAACUCCUGGCUAGGGCUGGCGAAAGGGCUGUUUCCCCAGCUGCCGAUCCGAGACAUGAUAUCGGAUGCGUUGGAGGCCGCCGCGAAGAACGAUGGGUUCGAUGAUGCUCUCGAUAUGAAUAACUGA